CCCUCUCUCUCUCCCUCCCUCUCUCCCUCCCUCUCUCUCAGUCUCUCUUUCCUCCCUUUCUGUCUGCCACCAGCCUACCUGAAAGGGAAGUGCACAAAGCCAAUAAGAAAAUCUGGCGCGCCGGCUGGGCCCUGUGCUCGCUAUGCUGCGGUAAAAGGACGAACACCGGGCCGCUUAUUUGCGGUGUUUACAGGGGAUGUAGAGAGAGACAAGAGGCACCGCUCUCCCCCCACCCCUCUCCGACGGACCGCAGCCGCGUCUGCUCUGCUCUGCCCAGCCCCGCUGCAUCGCCGAGCGGCCCUGCGAAGCAACACAAGAUGUCUACCAGAACGCCAUUGCCCACGGUGAACGAGCGGGACACCGAGAAUCACUCGUCAGUGGACGGCUUCGUCGAGCCCCCGGUCCCCCCGACAAAGUCUGCGAGUCGCCACAGCCUGCCGCGAUGUCGCAACUCUUUCACCUCCACGGAGGAGCACCCUCAUAUUGGCAACUACCGCCUUCUCAAGACCAUUGGGAAGGGGAACUUCGCCAAAGUAAAACUGGCGCGACACGUCCUGACUGGACGAGAGGUGGCGGUGAAGAUUAUAGACAAAACCCAGCUGAAUCCAACCAGCCUACAGAAGCUUUUCAGGGAAGUCAGAAUAAUGAAGAUACUGAAUCAUCCAAAUAUAGUGAAAUUGUUUGAGGUGAUUGAAACAGAGAAGACACUUUAUUUGGUGAUGGAGUAUGCCAGUGGUGGAGAGGUAUUUGACUAUCUCGUGGCUCAUGGCAGAAUGAAGGAGAAGGAGGCUAGGGCCAAAUUCAGACAGAUUGUGUCUGCAGUGCAGUAUUGUCACCAGAGGAGGAUAGUACACAGGGACCUAAAGGCAGAGAACUUAUUGUUAGAUGCAGAUAUGAACAUCAAGAUAGCCGACUUUGGCUUCAGCAACGAGUUCACUGUAGGCAGUAAACUGGACACUUUCUGUGGCUCCCCGCCAUACGCUGCUCCUGAACUCUUCCAAGGAAAGAAGUACGAUGGUCCAGAAGUGGACGUCUGGAGUCUUGGGGUUAUCCUCUACACACUGGUCAGCGGGUCCCUGCCCUUUGAUGGACAGAACUUAAAGGAGCUGAGGGAGAGGGUCCUCCGGGGGAAGUACCGUAUUCCUUUCUACAUGUCCACAGACUGUGAAAACCUGCUGAAGAAACUCCUCGUGCUCAACCCUGUCAAACGAGGCAGUUUGGAGCAAAUCAUGAAAGACCAUUGGAUGAAUGUGGGUCACGAGGAGGAGGAGCUAAAACCUUACAUCGAGCCUGAGGCGGACUUCAGUGAUUCAUCCAGAAUAGAGCUCAUGGUGACGAUGGGCUUCCCUAAAGAUGAGAUUACAGAGUCUCUACAAAGCCAGAAGUACGAUGAUGUCAUGGCCACCUACCUGCUGUUGGGAAGAAAAGCUCCAGAGUUCGAGGGAAGUGAGCCCCUGACUAACAGCAUCCUGGGUCAGCGACAGCGACCGACCAGUGACAUCAACAACAGCUCCAGCAUUUCUCCCGCCCAUCCCAAGGUCACACGCAGCAUCUCGGCCAAUCAGAAGCAGCGCCGCUACAGUGAUCAUGGUGGGGAUGAUGAUGAUGGUGGUGGUGGUGGUGGUGUCGUAGAGAAGCCAAUGGGUCCGUCUGUGCCACCGGCGGUAUCGUAUACGAAGCGUGGACAGGCGCUGAGCGUGGAAAGCGAUCACAGGGAGGAGUGGGACGGAGCACGCCGGCUAGAACUCAGCACUUCGAAAGGAGACGUUCCGGCGUCACCACUGGGGGUGCAGGAGAGGAAGAAAGCUACAAGUGCUGUGGGGACCAACGGUUCAAUGACUCGCAGGAAUACAUAUGUGUGUGAGCGAUCCUCCACGGACCGCUAUUCAGCUAUUCCCAAUGGCAAAGAUAGCAGUUUAACUGAGGUGUCGGGGAGCACGCCAUCGACUGCAAUGAGCUCUACACGACCUCGUCACACCAAGUCCAUGUCAUCAUCAGGGCAUCCUUCAAAGAGCACACUGCCCCCCAUUGAUGACAAUACAGAGCUUAAAGCGAGCUCCUCUCCACGUGGUCCCUCCACCUCUCCAUCUGCACACAGUAUUAGCACACCAGAGAAGAACCGGUUCCCUCGCGGCACCACCAGUCGCAGCACCUUUCACGGAGCGCAGCUCAGAGACCGGCGCAGCGCCACCUACAACGGUCCCCCAGCUUCACCCACAUUGUCCCAUGAUACGGGGGCUCUCGCACAGCAACGCAGGGGCACCUCCACAGGGAUCAUCAGCAAGAUCACCUCGAAAUUUGUCCGCAGAGCUCUGUCUUUCAGGUCCACCCGGAGGGUGCCUAGUGAGGGAGAGGCCAGUGCCAGGACAGAAACACCAAGGAGUGCGUCCGGUGACACUAAGGAGGACGGCGCUCGGGACUCCAAGCCUCGCUCACUGCGUUUCACCUGGAGCAUGAAGACCACCUCCUCCAUGGAGCCCGCCGAGAUGAUGAGGGAGAUCAGGAAAGUUCUGGACGCCAACAGCUGCGACUACGAGCAGCGCGAACGCUUCCUGCUUUUCUGCGUCCACGGUGACGCUCGCCAGGACAAUCUGGUCCAAUGGGAGAUGGAGGUGUGCAAGCUGCCCCGCCUUUCGCUCAACGGCGUGCGCUUCAAGAGGAUAUCGGGCACGUCCAUCGCCUUCAAGAAUAUCGCCUGCAAAAUUGCCAAUGAGCUCAAACUGUGACGGCAGAUGGAGUCCCAGUCGGUCUUUUGGUGAGCUCUGGUUACAGUCUCAUCUCAUCACUGGAUUAGUGUUGACUUACAGGACAAAAAUUCAGCACCGAAGGUCCUCACCAUGCAGAAUCAGGGUGGACUCGGCUGGUAACGUGCAAUACUGGCCACGAAUGUACUGUACAGGGUAGUGGAUCAGAGAGAUAUCGCAAGGUUUGACCUCUGUGACGGAGAGAUAGCAAAAACAGCUAGCCCCCUCUUUUCUUUCUUCCGUCCGGCCCUCUGUCUCUCUCAUCGGCCGCUGCUCCAUGUCAGAGGACACAUUCAUAUAACAUGCAGUAUGCAACUGAAGAUGACCAUCCUGCAAUAACGUUUUCAGUCUCUUUUCUAAACGCCUACUACAAGAUCUACUCUCCUCGCUGAAUAACCAUUAAGAUUACUGUAAGCUAAAAUAGCCGCUUUUCCUGUGUUAAGUCAGUAUAUAGAUCAGGCUGGAGCCCAUACUAAAACUAUGUAAAAAGAGAAUUGUACUGUAUGCAUAACAUCUGCAGGUACUGUAUUGUAUAUUGAUUUUGCGUUCUGUACAGAAUUUUAUUGUCAAUACUGUCUUUUUUCAUGGGAUUUGAGUUCUUUCCUAAUAUAAUUGAUGUCUCUUAGAGCAUUAUUCUUUCGGUCUGUGAGGUUUUUUUUUUUUUUAAUUUUUUUUUUUUUAAGAGCCACCAUAUGAAAAUAGUGUUUUUAAUUUUAUUUAAAGAGCACUAAAUUAUUUUGUGGAAUAUUGAGGGGUGUGUUCCCUUGCCUUUUAUGUUAUAUUUUUUUGCCUAUGGAAAAAAAAACACUAAGUUGCACCACAUAGACUUGAGUAGUAAGUUCAGUUAAAACUGAAAACAUGUUCACUUUAUUUUCUCUCAGCAGUAGGUAGGUGAUUUGGGGAUCCUGCUGCAAUUGCACAAGUUUUCCAGGGUGACAUGUAUGAACAUGAGAGUAUGCACCUGUAUUUCUUUCAUGUUAGUUUGGUAGUCCUCAAUUACAAAAGCAAAGCAGGGUUAAAUUGGUUUACUUUAGAAAGCAACAGACGAGAUGUUUUGAUCCAAAGGAUUGAAGAUGCACGAAAAGUCAAUUGAUUACCAUGAAAGGGCAGUUUUUCUUGAGAGCCUUUCGAAAGAGCCUAAUUUAUUCCUGCCACCAGUGUGAUUGUGCAGGUACUCGUGUAUCUCCUUGCUUGUUUUUUUUUUUUUUUUUUUUUUAAAUUCAGCGGAUUUUAUCGUAUUUAUUCCAUUACAUUGUAAUGUGCUGCUUUGUAGAUUUGAGGCGUGCACUUUGUUGGAGAAAAUAAAAAGGAUUUUAUUUGUUUGUAUUUA